AUGAAAAAGACAAGAAAAAUCAUUGUGUUGCAUUUGUCAUCAAAAUUCUAGAUUCACAACUCACAAUGAAGGCCCAAUGAAACUUACAUGCCUCAAUUAUGGAAGCACCUUAAUUCUCAUUAGUGAGACUAAUUUAUUUCCUUCUUGAAAGAAUUACUACUGUUAAGUGGGCUACCAUUAGAAGUAAAUCUUUUACUCAUCUUCAACUCCUCACUUUAAACUCAGAUUGAGUGUCACAUGACUUGCCUCUUGGAGUAAUAUCAAAGCAUCUCCCACCUAGUUCCACUUUAACUACUUUAGGACCAACAAACACUCCAUAAGAUUCAUGAUCCAUCAUGCAAUAAUCAUCCACUUUUGUAUAAUUAAUAAACUCAUAACUUGAAGGGCACAAUGAAAAUUCAUACCUUCACACUCUUAUAUUAACUAACUAUCCAACUCAUCAUCCCAAUUCCUCUUUUGUCACCACUAUCAUUAUAAUUUUCAAGAAAAUCACAUCUAAUAAUUUCUAAUAUGAAAACAACUCUAUUAGGGAAAAUUAAAAUUUCAUCAUUUAAUUUUAAAAAUUUCACAACAAAGAGAAACAUAUAAUGACCAUAAUUUGAGGAAGAUGGAAGAGAGAUGUCUAAAGACUUUUAGUAGGCUUAGUGAAGAGCAUUCACCAAGUCUUUCUAAUAAAAGUUUUUGACCAAAUUACAAAUCUUGUAUCCCUAAUAUGGACUUUAUCACACAAUAUUUAACCAAUUCAUGUGCAUGAGUGCAUUAAUAUUGUAUAUUCUUAUGGAUAAGAUGUGGGUUGGGUAAACCAUAUGCAGUGUUGUUUUGAAGAUGGGAUGUGAACUUUAUACUUCAUAUAAUUAUAAUUCAGUCUAAUUUUAUUUUAUUUUUUUAUAAAACCAAAAUCCAUUGAUGAAUGACAUUUACAUAGUACUGUUGGUUUAACUCCUUCAACAAGAUGCAUAGAAGGGGGGGUUGACUAUUUGGCCCUAUGGCUGUAUUUCCUUCAUUUGUAUGCUUAGAAUUGGUUGUUGUUAGCCCCAUUGAUCAGUGUAUUAUGUAUUGGCAAUGCCCUCUCUCAUUGUCAAUUAAGUUGUCUUAUUGUCUUCAUUACUCUCCCUUUCCUCUUGAGUUCUUAGCUUGUUCCUACUUGUCCACUCUUUAAGAAUUACAAACCAAAGAUGAAAAAUUAUGCUAUGUGGUAAAUCAUUACCAUUUAAGAAGAUUUGAAUGAAUCUAUGCUCAAUUAACAUGGUUCCUCAUGGUAAUUUGUAGAGAUAAGUUAAGAAUUAUUGAUGUGAGCAUCCUUCACUCUUGGCAUCUAGCUUUGAAUUGAUUGUCAAGGUAAGUGUUGGGCUUGUGUGAAAGUAGUGGUCAAUCCCAAUCAAUCAAUCAUUCUCUAUCAUGUUUUGUUCUAAGACAUGGAGUUUUAUCAUUUGGGUAUAAGUUUUGACUUGUUAUGACUCUAGGAAGUUGGGUAGCAUUUUCCUCAUAGAUUUUAUCCCUUUUCUUUCCUCUUACAUUUUAUGAAGGACAAGUUAUAUAUCCCAACCUUCAUCCUCAAUGUAUUUCUUGCUAGCUAUAUUUCCCAUAAACAUUAUAAUUUCUUUAUAUUUUAUUAGAGUUCUAAUUUUGUAUUCUUUAUUCUUGUCUUGGAGGCCCACUACUCCAAGGGUUUUCCUCUUUAAAUGGCCAGCUUCCACUUGGACAAGAACCAUGUUCAACAGUCCAUUACCCAUUCCCCUUCAUAAAAUAAGUGUGCAAUCCUCUCCUCCCUAGGUGACAGCUUGUAGUAGUUACAUCUUGAUGUUAGUGAGAAGCCUUUUCUCUUUGAGUUCGCUGAUAAUCACCCAUGCAUUAAUUUCCAAAGAAAUAAAGAUAUUUGGUCUACGAUCAACAUUCCAAAUUAUUACACCCCAUUUUCUAAACUCCUUUCUAUCCUUAAUUCUCACCCACACUGAUUUGGUUGAAAAAAAUUCAUGCAUGGUUGGGGUCUAUAUUCUCUGAUCCCUUUCUAGUAGAUCAGUUAGUCCCACAUCACAUGCCGCUAGAUCUGUCCCUAUUAGUCUUACUUGUUUUAAUACCCUCUUCCAAUCUUUUGUCAUUAGCAACCAUAAGUCAUGGGCUGUCCUUUGUUAUUAUGUAUUCAUUUUCCAUGUUCCUAGUGAUGACCAGCAAUCCUUCCACACAUUAACUUUUCCAUUUCCUACCUCCCAUUUAAUGCACUUUCUAAUCUCUAUGCAUUUCUCUUGCAUUCUCCUCCACAACGUUGGCCCUUUGAUCAUCUCUUUUUCUAAUGCCCACUCCUUAUAUUUUCCUCUCAUUGAGUCAACCCAUUGUGAGUGCUCAACCCUAAAUCUCCAUGCCAUGUCUAUUCUCAUUAUAUAUAAUUAUUCUUUCAUGCUCCUAAUUUUUAGCCCACCUUUUAUUUUUGGGUAGCAUAUUGAUUUCCAUGACACCCAAUGAUAUUUAUUCACACCAACAUCUUCUCCCCAUAAAUUAGACUAUCAAUUGUUUCAAACUUGUCAAGACUCCUAUCAAUAUAUCAUAGAUUGUGAGUGUGUAAAUAGGAAUGUUGCACAAUACAUUUUUAAUUAGUAUAAUCCUACCUCUUAGGGAAAUUCAUUUAGCUUGCCAUCCUUCCAUUCUCUUCCUAUUCAUAUGCACUAUGUGCUCAAAGUAUUUUUAAUUUCUAAUUCCCUUAUAAAUGGGGCCUUCCAAAUACAUGAAAGGUAAAUACCUCUUCCUAAAAUUUGUGUGAUUUUAGAUGGCUAUUACUCUUGUGAUGUGCAUCUUAUUGAAUAUGUAGAAUGAUGAUUUAUUUAUGUUGUUCGAUAGUGGUAUCGAACUCUCGGCCCACUAGGGCCUAUUAUUCAUCUCUCUCUUCUCAUCUUUAUUUCUUUUUCUUUUCUAUAUAAUCUCAUGUACUCUUUGUCUUCCUUGGAGAAUGAUUAUGGAUUCUAGGGUUUCAUCUCUUGUGUCAACAUGGUAUCAGAGCCCUAGGUAUCCCUCAUCGUCGUCCUCUCUAAUGUGCUGCCUAUCUCCUAUGCACCGCUCUCCUAUUCGCUAGCCUCUUCCCUCCUCAAGCGACUCUUCAGCAUUGCCGUUUGAUGUAGGACGGGGCGAGAACCCUUAUACCUGAUCAAUGAAACUCAACACCCGGGAUGGGGUAGUCAGACCGAUUCGAUCUGAAUGUAUGGACCCUAGACUCUAGGUCUGACCACGUAACCUAAGUACAGGCAGGCGUACCAAUAUGCACGAUCAACUCAGGACAACCCGGAGAAACACUCGACGAUGGUAAGUGUGAGUGACGUGACUCAGUCGUUGUAUAUUAAAUCACGCAAAUAUAAAAUGUAUAAAACUAGAAAAUACGAAUUUUCGAAUAUUUAGAAGUAUUUCUAAAUAAAUAUAUCAAUUAUAAUUCAAUAAAACUUUCAAAAAUAGCGGUAAUUUUCCAGGUCGAUCCCAAGGAUGUAAUAUAAUAUCUAGUAAUUAUUCAGAAAUUUUCUCAAUGAAUACGAUUUUCUAUGACUUUUAUACUAGGAAAUGAAAAGGAAAUAUAUUUAAAAUUCACGAAAAAAAAGGAAAUAAGGGUGCAGACGUCAUGAUGACGUCAGUUCCCGGCGAACGCGAAUCGGGCGGAAACAAAGUUCCGGCCAGCGAUUCUUUUGUAAGCGAUUACAGACGAUUUAAUUAAUCAAAUUAAGAUUUGUAAAAGCCAGAAGAAUCGUAAUUAAACAAAGUAUAUUUUGGUAAAUUAAAAACACAAAAAUUAAUCACUAAAUGAAGUGUAAAGUAAGUUUGAAAGCAGGAAAACAGAGUUCCGGCAUCGCGACGGCGAUGCGUCGGCGAUGCACCGAAAUCCUGAGCGUUCGGGAGGAUCGUCGUGUAGUGUCCACGGCCUCGAAGGCUCUCCUUGGACAAAGACGACGUGGGCAAUCUCUAGAUCUUCUCACAAAGUCUAGAAAUUAAUGAAAUGGGUCGCCGAGUCGUCUCUGGCGGCUAUCACCCGGCGGAGUAGAAAAACGGCAACUUUGCAGCUCUCUGGCGGCUGUCACCCGACAGAGAGGAGCUGGAUGGAGGUGGGGCGCGUGUCAGGGAGCUUUAUCCUCAGGUCCACGUAGCAAGAGGAAGCUCUUCAUCGCAUCUGGUACGCUCUCAAGAGGUGGUGACUCGUCUCCCGGCGGAUCGUCCUCUUCCCGACGACAGCUUGUUCGUCGAUCAAUCGGAGAUGAUUUACUCGAUGUAUUCGCGAUCCUUUUAUCACGAAUCGUUCAGCAAUUUUAGUAGCAAUGCUCCGCAAAUCGUGUUGACGAGAUUUUCGCCGAUGAUCCAGCGAUUCUCGUUGCUUAAUCCUUCACCGGCGAUCUGUAGGAAAGUCGCGAUAAUUAGAUAAAAAUAUAUGAAUUUUGACUCUGGGAGGAUUCGAACCCGCGCCGGUUGUCCGCCCCUUCUGAGGAAGGUGUGACGCGAGUUUAGUCCCACAUCGGUUGUGCGCCGAUUUUUCGAGCGAAUAUAUAGUAAUGUUACAUUUCUAAGCAAAGUUCCUUCUCUCGCGUGUACGACCACUCCUUGCCCCACAGCCGAUUGGCCACCGGUGACGUGAAAGGGGAGUGGUGCACACGUGCCCCUAUCGGUCCAAGCCGCUCGAGCCUCUGCUCGCGACUACUCCCCGACUGAGCUUCCGACCCGCUUGCGGGCCCGGCUGGCCGGCGGGUCCCCCCCCAUUUUGCAAUAUUUUAGUUUUAUUUCUUUUUCUUCAUUUAUCUCAAAAGUAAGACUGUAAAAAUCAUAUAAAUUCAUAUAAAAUCACAUAAUUACCCAAAAAAUCACAUUAAUCAUCUGAAAACCACUUUUCACACUUAAACACAAAUAUAAGUCUAUUUAUCAUGAGUUAAGGGUAAAACUAUAUUAUUUACUAAUUAUUAACUCAUGAUAAUGAAGACUUAUCAGUGAGGCCCUCUCAGUCAAUGUCCGAACAGAUGGCGGAAUGGUCAUCGUGAAGUAGCCUAGGGCUGCAGCUCACGAACGAUGACGAGUCUAGCGCAGCAUCGGAAGUCACGAUCCUAUAACCCGUCUUAUCCUGUCUACGUUCUCCUGAUGGCGGUGGAAACGAGCCGAGAAAACCUUUCAAAAGAUAAUUAAACUUAAGUAAGAAGGGGUACGGAGCUAACCUUCGGGCCUACAUAGCCCGACGGGUCGUGACGGAGCGGAGACUCGACAUAAGUAGAGACGUCCGGUGAAGAGCGAUGUUCAGCAUCGACGGUCAUUCCUGGUCGAGAGUCGCCGUAGUCGUCGUCAUAAGGCGUGGCAUGGUCGGCGUGGGCCCGCUGGUGGGCUGAAGGGCACGCUAGCAGCCGCACGGCGUGCCUUUGAGCACGCGAGCGGCGGCGCCGGGUGGACGCACGGGCUGCAAGAGCCGGCGCGCGGGGCGCACGCGGCGGUGGCGCUUCGGCGGGAAUGCCGAGUGUCAGCGGUGCUUCGGCGGGAAUGCCGAGCGUCAGCGGCGCUUCGAUAGGAGGGCCGAGUGUCAGCGGCGCUUCGAUAGGAGGGCCGAGCGUCAGCGGUUGGGCGGAAACCCAAUUGUCGCCAGAAGGAUCGGCCUUCUCUAGCGAUGCCAGGAAGUGGAGCAGAGGAAGGAGGCGAUCCGGCCGACGAUACUAGGGAGAGGGUUGAGCCCUCCUGGUCUAGGCGGCAUUGGAAAUGGUGCGACAGCGGCGGAUCAUCGAGAAACUCCGGCGGGGGCCUGUGAGGAGCUUGGACUGGAUCUAACUCAUUGGCACGGCUGUAGGGUCUCUCCCGACGUCGGCGGCAGGUAGGCAUUCAUCGGCAAACGGCCAGCGACUGGGCGGAGCGGCGGAUGGCGACUCCAGCGAGUUUAUGGUGGAGUUCCGAAGGAAGAGGUAGCAGUCAAACUAAGCUCCCCUAAAAGGAGAAAGAGGAGGGCCCUCGUAGGUGCUUAAAUGGGCCUCAAAUGAAGACCCAAAUAAGCCUCAAAAGAAGCCCAAAAGGAAAGAAGCAUAGGUCCCCCCCCUUAGGGUUUUAAUUGGGCCUCAAAGAGAGACCCAAUAAAACCCUAAAGAAAGGAAGACACAAACAACAACACACACACAUAGAAUUGGGCCCACUAACACACAAACGUGAGGCCCAACAAGUCAACGUGAAAAUACAAAGAAAGAUAAUGGUGAGUUCGAGCUCGUCGUCAUCCUGAAGGGCUAGGCCGUGUAGCGAAAGUCAGGCUCCUUCGUCUUCGCACGUCAAUCGGGUUGAACUCGGACUACCGGUGUCUCCUGAGCUGAUGGAGAUGGGUCCCGCUCGCCAUCACUGUUCUUCCCUCUUCCAGUGUCAUCGUCUCUACCAUCGCUCUCCUUCUCCUUUCGACGCCACCUUCCUAGGCUCUUAGGGAAAUACAUGUUCUUCAGUCGGGUGUCGCUCUUCUUAUGAUUGGGUCAGCUACUCCACGGCAAUCCAUCACAACAAUGCUCAUCUGGCAAACGUGUUCACGAAGAGUUUGGCCAACAUCUCGUACAACGUCAUGUGUACCAAAGCUAGACAUAUUCUAGUUAUAUGCUCCAGCUUGAGGGAGAGUAUUUGAUAGUAGUAUCGAACUCCCAACCCACUAGGGCCCAUUAUUCAUCUCUCUCUUCUCAUCUUUCUUUCUUCUUCUUUUCUAUAUAGUCUCAUGUACUCUUCGUCUUCUUUAGAUAAGGAUUAUGGAUUCUAGUGUUUCCUCUACUAAGUCAACAUAUGUUAAUUUUUUGACCUCAUAUAUUCUCAUAUUUUUUAAGGAAUUUCAUCAAAUUCAAUAUAUAGUGUAAUUUCAUCAAGUAAAGAAUGGGUGAUCAUAGGGUAUCCCUUCUUAACAAUAUAUAGUGUAAAUGUUUUUUGGUAAACAUCAUCGUGAGUCCUCUAUUUAAGACUUCUUCUACCAUAAUGAGUGUUAAAGCUAGAUUUUUGUGUUUUAAUUAGUUUUAUUAAUUUAUUUUAUUUUGUUAACUUGCAGAAUAAAUAUAGGAUAUAUUGUUAAUUUUAGAAGUCUGAAGUUAAAAUACUUAGCAUAAUUUUAGAUUAUUUAAAAAUAUGAAAGAAUAAAAUAUAAAAAAAUAUUUCGUUCACUUGCAAGUCAACACUUGAUAGCUGACCUAGAGGGGGGUGCUGAGGUCGAGUGGUGAUAAGUCUUCAUUAUCAUGAGUUAAUAAUUAGUAAAUAAUAUAGUUUAACCUUAACUCAUGAUAAAUAGACUUAUAUUUUAUUAAAUUGUGAAAAGUGGUUUUCAAUUACUUAAUGUAAAUUUUUGACUAAUUAUGUGAUUUUCUAAAAAUUUAUAUAAUUUUAUAGUCCUAUUUUUGAGAUAAAUGAAGAAAAAGAAAUUUAAAUAAAAAUAUAGUUAAAAAGAGAGACUCAUUGGCCAAUUGGGCCCGCAAGUGAGUCAGAAGUGCAGUCAGGGGGAGCUGUGAGCAGGGGCUCAAGUGACUAGGACCAAUGGGGGCACGUUUGCGUCACUCCCCUUGCACAUCACCGGUGGCAACUGGCUAUGGGACAAGGAGUGGUCGAACAUGCGAGAGAAAGAGAUUCAUUACUUGUAAAUGUGAUAUUACUAUAUAUUUGCCCAAAACAUCAGCACACAAGUGAUGUGGGACUAAACCCACAUCACACUUUCUCUCGAAAGGCUUCAAAGAUUUUAAUACCUAAACUACCCCUUAGUUAUAAUAGAGAUAUAUCAUGAUGACGUCAUUUGAUAAAACUAUUAGAGUACUUAUUUCAAUCUCUCUCAUGUAGGCAAGCAAUCAACGUGGGUUUGAAUCCUCUCAGAACCAAAACUCGUAUUUUUAUCUAAUUAUCAUGACUUUCCUAUAGAUCGUUGGUGAAGGAUUAAGCCGCUAGAAUUGCUGGAUCAUCGGCGAAAAUCUUGUCAAUGUGAUUCGUGAAGUAUUGUUACUAAAAUUAUUGAACGAUUGGCGAUAAAAGGAUCGCGAAUCCAUAGAGUAAAUGAUCUCCGAUUGAUUGACGAACAAGACGUCGUCGGGAAGAGAAUGAUCUAUUGGGAGAUGAGUCGCCACCUUCUGAGAGCAUACUAGAUGCGAAGAAGAACCUCCUCUUGUUGGGUGGACCUGAUGAUGAAGCUCCUUGACACGUGCCCCACUUUCAUCUAGCUUUUUUUCAUCAGGUAACAAUCGCCGAAGAGUCACAAAGUCAUCAUUUUUCUACUCCGUCAGAUGACAGCUGCCGAAGAUGAUUUAAUGACCUAUUUUAUUAAUCUCUAAGCUUCAUAAGAAAAUCUAAAGAUUGACUACGUCAUCUUUGUCUAAGGAGAACCUUCGAGGCCAUAGACACUACACAAUGAUCUUCCCGAAUACUUAGGAUUCCGGUGCAUCACCGACGCAUCACCACCGCGACGCCAAGACUCUUUUUUCUUACUUUCAACUUAAUUUUCUUUUCAUUUAGUCAUAAUUUAUGUGAUUUAAAUUUACCAAGCUAUACUUCAUUUAAUUAUAAUUUUUUCAGCUUUUACAUAACUUAAUUUGAUCAAUUAAAUUGUUUCUAAUCACUUAUGUAAGAAUUAAUGAGCGAAACUCUAUUUCCGUCUGAUUUGCCUUCGUCAAGCUCUAAUGUCAUUCUAAUGUCUGCACCUUUAUUUCAUUUUUUCUUGAAUUUUAAAUAUAUUUUAUUUUCAUUUCUUACUAUAAAAUUCAUAGAAAAUCGUAUUCUUUGAGGCAAAUUUUAAAAAAUUACUUGACAUUAUAUUACAUCUUUGUGAUCGACCUGGAAAAUUACCAUUAUUUUUAAAAAUUUUAUUGAAUUAUAAUUAAUAUACUUGUUCAGAAAUACUUCUAAAUAUCUUAAAAUUAAUAUUUUUUAGUUUUAUAAAUUUUAAAUUUACGUGAUUUACUAUAGAACAACUAAGUCACGUCAUGUGGGUAGACCUAGAUUGAGGGAGCCACAAGCUAAGCUCGAUUGAUGACGUGACUUAGUCGUUGUAUAGUAAAUCAUGCAAAUUUAAAAUUUAUAAAACUAGAAAAUAUAAAUUUUUGGAUAUUUAGAAGUAUUUCUGAAAAAAUAUAUCAAUUAUAAUUCAAUACAACUUCCAAAAAUAACAAUAAUUUUCUAGGUCGAUCACAAGGAUGUAAUAUAAUAUCGAGUAAUUAUUCAGAAUUUUCCUCAAAGAAUACUAUUUUCUAUGAAUUUUACACUAGGAAUUGAAAAUAAAAUAUAUUUAAAAUUCUCAAAAAAGGAAAAUAAGGGUGCAGACGUCAAGAUGACGUCAGCACCCGGCGAACACGAAUCAGGUGGAAAUAGAGUUCCGCCCGACGAUUCUUACAUAAGCAAUUACAUACUAUUUAAUUGAUCAAAUUAAGAUCGGUAAAAGCUAGAAGAAUCGCAAUGAAAUGAAGUAUAUCUUGGUAAAUUUAAAUCACACAAAUUGUUAGUAAAUGAAGCAGAAAUUAAGUUGAAAGUAGGAAAAUAUAGUUCUGGCAUCGCAGCGGUGAUGCGUCGACGAUGUACCAGAAUCUUGAGCGUUCGAGAGAAUCAUCAUGUAGUGUCCACAGCCUCGAAAACUCUCUUUGAACAAGGACGACAUGGGCAAUCUCUAGAUCUCCUUGCGAAGUCUAGAGAUCAAUGAAAUGGGUCGUCAAAUCAUCUUUGGCAGCUGUCACCCGGGGGAGCGGAAAAAUGGUGACUUUGCGGCUCUUCAAUAGCUGUCACCCGACGGAGAAGAGCUAGAUGGAGGUGGGACGCGUGUUAGGGAACUUCAUCCUCAGGUCCGCGCAGCAAGAGGAGGCUCUUCAUCGCAUCCGGUACGCUCUCAGGAGGUGGCGACUCGUCUCUCGGCAGAUCGUCCUCUUCUUGACGAUGGUUUGUUUGUGGAUCAAUUGGAGAUGCCUUACUCGAUGGAUUCACGAUUCUUUUAUCACGAAUCAUUCAGCAAUUUUAGUAACAAUGCUCUACAAAUCACAUUGAUGAGAUUUUUGCCAAUGAUCCAGUGAUUCUAGUUGCUUAAUCCUUCACCGGCGAUUUGUAGGAAAGUCGUGAUAAUCAGAUAAAAAUUAUGAGUUUUGGCUCUGAGAGGAUUUGAACCCACGUCGGUUGCCCACCUACAUGAGAGAAAUUGACAUAAGUACUCUAAUGCUCUUAUCAAAUGACGUCAUCAUGGUAUUUUUUUAUAUAAAUAAAGGAUAUUUUAGGUAUUAAAAUCAUCGAACCUUUUCUAGGGAAGGUGUGACGUGGGUUUAGUCUCACAUCGCAUGUGCGCGAAAGUUUGUGGUGAAUAUAUAGUAAUAUUAUAUUUACAAUUAAGUCCCUUUCCUCUGUGUGGAUGACCACUCCUUGCCCCACAGCUGGCUGGCCACUAGUGACAUGGAAGGAGAGUGGCACACACGUGCCCCUAUUAGUCCUAGCCACUCGAGCCUCUACUCGCGACUCCUUCCUGAUUGCACUUCCGACCUGCUUACGGGCCAUGCUGGUCGGUGGGUCUCCUCCAUUUUGUUAUAUUUUUGUUUUUAUUUCUUUAUUUAUCUCAAAAGUAAAAUUUUAAAAAUCAUAUAAAUUUAUAUAAAAUCACAUAAUUAUCCAAAAAUUCACAUUAAUUAACUGAAAACCACUUUUCACACUUUAACACAAAUAUAAAUCUAUUUAUCAUGAGUUAAGGCUAAACUAUAUUAUUUACUAAUUAUUGACUCAUGAUAAUGAAGACUUAUCAAGUGGCAAAGGACUCGUUCCGCACAUGUGUGCAUCACUCCCGUGUCAUGUCUCAAGGAGCAAGGAGCAUCAUACACACAUGCACGUGCGAUGGUGGACCACCUUUUCGCCAUCUCCCAAGAUGGUCAUGGGCAUUAUUUUAUUUCAAGAGAAGGGAUCUUUGAUAAGAAGCAGUAGCUUUGAUUUAUAUUUGGCUCAUACAUCCAUAAUAUUUCUGAUGUGGUACUAAAGGUUUUCAUCUAUCUCAUAGCAGCUAUCUAGAGUGUGGUGUGAUCAAGUGGUAUUCAACAAGCCAUGUCAUUAAAUGAGCUAGACCCUAAGGCUGGCAAGCCGCCACAAUAUCAAAUGCAUAAAGCGAUCCAUUGGCGGUUCACAAAUCUGACACUACUCAACACUCAUGUGACCUUAAAAGAUGAUUCGACGGCUAAGGAGUCACCACAAUACUAAGAACUUAAGUUUUUGAUUGGCAGUGGUUGAUGGGUUGAUCCUACAUCACUCAAUACGCCACGUGAUCAAGCACAUUUGGUUCAACAACACAUGAAGCACCACGAUAUCAGAAACUUAAGUUCUCGCACGUAUCACUAUUAGGGAUAUAAAGACAAUAAUUAAUUAUUAAUUGGUAAAAUAAAUAUUAUCAAUUAUCUUUAAAGUCCCAACAAUAGUCGUGAAUAUGACAAUCCAUUUUCUCCCUCCUUUUGUGCAAUCAAUGUCUCUAGCAAUUGGCAAAGUUUGUUUCUUCCUCCCUCAAGGCCUCCAACAAGUGGUCAGCUCUUCGCUUCUCCCCCUAGAUGAUGGCAAUAGUUUGAUCAACCCUUCUUUUGGUAGGUCUCUCUAGCAAGCAGCGCAAUACUUUCAGAUGAUACUUUGUGAGUUCUGACAUGGUGUGACAUGUCCAAACGAAAUUAAACUUGCACACCAAUGUCUCUAGUUGCUGAAGAGGUAAAUUAAACUUGGGCAAUAAUUUAUUUCUUACUUUCAGUAUUUACUUAUUUGCUUUUGUCAUUUAUUUAUAUUUUACGACAAAUUAUUUUUAUUUCAUUCAUAUUUUGAUUGAAAUGAGUAGGAUUAAUUCAAAACUUGAUGAAUGAUCUUCGUUCUUCUUUUAAAUCUUCUAAAACUCGUCUGAAAUUAAGUUAAAGAUCAUUUCUAUCUUAUUUUCUAUUUUGAACACAAAAUCAGCAAGAUUAAAGGUUACUUAAUGAUCGUUGAACUAUUAAAACAAUCUAGAGACAUUUAUGACUGACCUCAUGUCAUGUGUGCGAAUUCUUGAGUACACAUUCAUCUAAGAAUAAUGGUCCCUAUGAGAACAAGUUGACCUUAUUUCUCUCUUUCUUCAUUUUCAUCUUAUUUUUCUCUCUCCCUCUCUUGUGAGACUUCUCUUCUAUCUCCGUCUCUCGUGAGAAACUCUUCCUUUUUCUCCCUUUCUCUCUCUCUCUCUCUCCCUCUCUCUUGAUCGAUCUCCUUCUCUUUGUCUCUCUCAAUUGAUCUCCCUCUCUCUCCCUCUCUCUUCCUCUCUCUCCCCCUCUCUCUCUCUCGUGAGACUUUUCUCUUUCUCUGUCUCAUGUGAGAUUUCCUCCUCUCUUUCUCUCUCUUUUGCGAAAGAUCUCUUCUCUCAUACUUCGUGAGAGCUCUCUCUUCUCUCUCUUUUUUCCUUUCUUUCCCCGCUUCCUUUUCUUUAUUCUUCUCAUCUCAUCCUUCUAUUUUAAUAUUUCUAUUAAAUAAGAAUAAAUAUGAAAAUCACUUUAUAUAUAAACUAAAUUAGUUUUCACAACGGAUUAUUAGUCAAUCUCUAUGUUCAACCUAAGACUUACUUCUAUACUAAUAUUUAAUUAUCUUAGUUAUAAAUAUUAUUAGAUAAUGCGUAUUUAAACACAACAACAAGUGCACAUUAAUGAGUAAAGUAAGUGAAAUGGGAUCACCUUGCCUCAAGCCCCUACUUGAUGUGAAAAAGGAGGUCAUGGUUCUAUCCAUUAAUAGGAAGAAGUGAUUUUGUGUUAUUAGAAAUGGUUUUUGAUAUCCACCCGAUCCAUUUAUAGUUGAAAUCAAAAAAUUUAGCACACGUAUGAUGAAGGGUCAUUAUAUCUAAUCAUAAGCUUUUUCCAUGUCCAAUUUAACCAUCAUGUUUGAUCCUCAAACCUUACUCUCAAUUGAUAGUGUCAUUUCUUAAACAAGUGCCACAUUUUCUUGAAUCAUUCUUCCUUCAACAAAUGUUCAUUGUUCCUUAGAUAUUAUCAUCAACAUAAUUCCUUUAACUCUCCUACAAAAUAUUUUGGAUAUAAUCCUAUAACACAUUGCAUAGACUAAUUAGCCUAAAAUCAAGAAAUGAUUUUGGGUUCUCAACUUUCAGGAUUAAAGCUAUGAAAGAGGACUUUCAUAAAUAUGGCAGGUGAGGUGUCAAAAUAUGUUUUCACCACUAGGCACACAUUUUUUCCUAUAAUGUCCCAACAUGAAAUAUAAAACUUGACCCUCAUUUUAUCUCGCCUUGACACACUCUUUAUCUUCAUGCUCAAUAUUAUCUUGCUAAUUUUUUCAUCAUUUGACAUCUUGCAUAACAUAUAACAUUUCCACAUGGUUGCUCAUAGGGGCUGAUCUUUACUUUCCAAAAAUAUUCCUUACCCCUUUACUAAAUUGCUUCCCAUUCUUCAUUAUAUUAUUUCACCAAUGAUUGGAAGCAGCUCCUCAUUCAUCUUACCUUUAUAGUUGUAUGAGAAAAAAACGUGCUUCUAUCCCCUUCUUGUAGCCACUUGACUCUAUUAUGUUGCUUGAUUAAGAAUACUUCAUGCUGCAGUAGUAUGUUUUCCAUAUCUUUUUUCAAGUUUAGUAGUGUUUCUCAUCUUCCUUAGUUCCAUUCUACUUGUAACUCUUCUUCAACAGUCUUAAUUCUUUUCUCUAGAAUUGUUGAUCCUUGAGUUUAUAUAUCCAAACAUAUUUUUAUUCCACCACCAUAGGUGCUUUUCAUAUUUAUGAUCUUGUAUCUUAAAUUUUCUAGUGCAUUGCAUGAAAUAUUUCCGACCCACUUACUAGCUACAAUUUUUUUAAAAUCAUCAUGUAACAUUCACAUGUUUUGAAAUCUAAAGGACCCGCUCAUUUUCUAAUCAUUAUAACCUUCUUUACUAACAUAAGUGAAUGGUCUGAUAACAAUCUUAGUAAAUAUUCUACCUCUAUAAGAGUUGAUUCCAUCACCCUCAAGUUUACAAGACAUCUAUCAAAGCAUUGGUAAAUCCUAUAUAUUCCUCUCACUCCAUUACACUAGGAUAGUGGAUUGCCUACAUGCUUUGGUUCUAUGCAAUGCAAAAACUGUAUGAAUUUAUUGAAUUCAGUCAUUAAUCCUAUGUUGGGGGCAGCUCCUCCCCCCCACUUUUUCCUAGGGGCAUCUAAUAGUGUUAAACCCUCCCCCAAGUAUGUGUGGUAUAUCCUCCUUGUGAUCCUCCUCUUUGCCAUCCAUAUAGCCCUUGUUUACUCUACCUCACAAGAUGCAUAGAUUGUAAUUAUCUUACCCUUUAUUCUAUUAUGUCUAAAAUUAAAUGAAACAAAUUGAUCAUGGUCCAUUACUAGCUCCAUCCUUACCUAAUCAAACCACAUGUUCCAUAUUUUUUUUAUUCAUGUUACACCAAACUCUAUCCAUUCCUAUAUCCAUCUUGAUUUGUCCUGAUUUCCAUUCCUCAAUCUUUGGUUCAAUUAUUGUUACUAUUUGUAUUCUAACUUGAUUUAUAAGUUUUGUGAGUGUGGUUCACGUAAGUAUAUUUUCAAUUCCCUCACAGUUCCAGAUUAAUAUCUUAAUCAUUUAAUUCCCAUGCAGAUUGACUAAAUCUCUUGGUCAACCUUGUUGAUCUUCUACUCCCCACCUUAUGUCCCUCAUUCUGCCAUAUAACUAUGCAGUUCGAGUCACUUCCUUUUCUAUCUCCUUAUGUCUCUUAUCCAUACCCACAAUUCUUGCUUAUCUACCCCGUUUUCUUUUCUUUCCUCAUCUAUUUCUCCAACUAUAUUUUUUAACUUACUUUUUGACGUGACUUAGUCGUUGUAUAGUAAAUCACGUAAAUUUAAAAUUUAUAAAACUAGAAAAUAUGAAUUUUCAGAUAUUUAAAAGUAUUUCUAAACAAAUAUAUCAAUUAUAAUUCAAUACAACUUCCAAAAAUAACGGUAAUUUUUUAGGUCGAUCAUAGGGAUGUAAUAUAAUAUCUGGUAAUUAUUCAGAAUUUUCCUCAAAGAAUACUAUUUUCUAUUAAUUUUAUACUAAGAAAUAAAAAGGAAAUAUAUUUAAAAUUCAUGAAAAAGGAAAAUAAGGGUGCGGAUGUGAGGAUGACGUUAGCACCCGACGAAUGCGAAUCUGAUGGAAAUAGAGUUCUACCCGACGAUUCUUAUGUAACCGAUUACAAAUGAUUUAAUUGAUCAAAUUAAGAUCUGUAAAAGUCAGAAGAAUCGUAAUUGAAUGAAGUAUAUCUUGGUAAAUUUAAAUCACAUAAAUUAUCACUAAAUGAAGCGAAAAUUAAGUUGAAAUUAGGAAAACAAAGUUUCAACGUCACAAUGGUGAUGCGUCGGUGAUGCACCAAAAUCUUGAGCAUUUAGGAGGAUCUUUAUGUAGUGUCCAUGGCCUCGAAGGCUCUCCUUGGACAAGGACGACAUGAGAAAUCUCUAGAUCUCCUUGCGAAGUCUAGAGAUCAAUGAAAUGGGUCGUCAAAUUAUCUCUAGCGGCUGUCACCUGGCGGAGUGGAAAAACAGUGACUUUGCUGCUCUCCGACGGUUGUCACCCAACAGAGAGGAGCUGAAUGAAGGUAGGGCGCAUGUCAGGGAGCUUCAUCCUCAGGUCUGCGCAGCAAGAGGAGGCUCUUCAUCGCAUCCGGUACGCUCUUAGGAGGUAGUGACUCGUCUCCCGACGGACCGUCCUCUUCUCAAUGACGACUUGUUCGUCGAUCAAUCGGAGAUGCCUUACUCGAUGGAUUUGUGAUCCUUUUAUCGCGAAUCAUUCAACAAUUUUAAUAACAAUGCUCGACAAAUCGCGUUGAUGAGAUUUUCGCUGAUGAUCCAACGAUUCUAGUUGCUUAAUCCUUCACUAGCGAUCUGCAGGAAAGUUACAAUAAUCAGAUAAAAAAUAUGAGUUUUGGCUCUAAGAGGAUUCGAACCCCCGCCGAUUGCCCGCCCUUUCUAGGGAAGGUGUGACGCGGGUUUAGUCCCACAUCAAUUGUGCGCCGACAUUUCUGAUGAAUAUAUAAUAAUAUUACAUUUUCGAUCAAGUCCCUUUCUCAUGCGUGUAUGACCACUCCUUGCCCCAUAGCCGACUGGCCACCGGUGACGUGGAAGGGGAGUGA